UGACACAGCCUUAAGACCUCAGAACUCAGACCUCUCCUUCCAUUUGUGUGUUCAUACGAGCAUGACAAUGGAUUGGAUAAUACCCCUUUCAUUCUACUUAUCAGUGCCUCAAGGUGCUUUGGCUUUUAACAUUGACCCAGUGGCUUGGAAGUAUGUCAGCGAACCUGCUGCUGGGUUUGGAUACAAGGUGGUACAGAAUAACCCAUCAAGCUUGCUUAUAAGUGCCCCCCUGGAUCAGUAUAAGCAAAAUAGGAGGGGACAAGUUUACCGAUGUCUGGUCAGUGAUUCAUCUUGCAUACCAUUGUCAAUACGAGAGCCCAGUCAUGGGAUCAAUAUGUCUCUUGGUUUGUCAAUGACAAAGGAUCCCGAGUCACUAACCACCUUGGUAUGCGGACCAACCAUCCCAAGAGAGUGCAAAUCCAUCACCACCUACAAUGGGAUGUGCUUUGAAAUUGACCAAAGUCUUCAUGUGAAACAACCUGUCCCUUCAUCUCUGGAAGAAUGUCCUGGACAAACAGACAUAGCCUUUCUAUUGGAUGGGUCAGGAAGUGUUAACGAAUUUGAUUUUUUAAAAAUGAAAGACUUCGUGAAAGAUCUGAUCAAGGAAUUUCUGGAAAGGGAUACUAAGUUUGCAGUUGCCCAGUAUUCAAGCUAUUGCACUAUACAUUUUGACUUAAAUACGUUUAAUGUCAUGAAUCGGGAUUAUCAAGUGAGUAGUAUUGCUCAACAAAGGGGAGGGACUUACACGGCAGCAGCCAUGAGAAAAGUUGUCCAAGAGGUCUUUUCAACGAGUAGAGGAUCCAGACCAAAGGCAAAGAGGAUCAUGAUAGUAAUUACAGAUGGAGUAUCACAUGACAGAGUGAUGCUGAAAAAUGCAGCCUCUGAAGCUGAAGCCAAAAACAUUAUUCGAUUUGCCAUUGGGGUGGGCACAGCCUUUUCUUCGACCUCAGCAAGAGAGGAGUUAGAAACAAUUGCCUCCUCUCCACCAAUCAACCACAUGUUUCAAGUGGGCAGCUUCCAAGCACUUGGCCAAAUCAAGGAUACAUUACAGAACAGCAUUUUUCCUAUUGAAGGAUCUCAGACUACUGGGGAAUCUAUUAAGAUGGAAAUGGCCCAGGAGGGAUUCAGUUCAGCAUACAUUCCUAGGAGUGGAUUCCAGAUGGGAGCUGUUGGAGCCUUCCAAUGGAGCGGGGCUUACCAGGAAUACAUAGGGAGCACUUUAUACCCUACACCACAACAGAGUCAGAACAUGGAACCAGAUAGCUAUAUGGGGUACUCCAUGGCAGUUGCUACGACACACACUCGCCAGUUUACCAUUUUAGGUGCUCCAAGAUUUAAACACACUGGACGAGUGGUGGUUCUUCCGUCCAGAGACACAGACAAGCCGAUAGAAUUUUCUGGACAGAUUGGCGCUUAUUUUGGUGCAGAGGUCUGUGCAAUGGAUGUGAAUAAAGACUCAUAUAGCGACCUAGUCCUCAUAUCAGCUCCGAUGUUCACGGACAGAGACAGAGAGGGCAGGGUAUAUGUCUGUACCAUCAAUGACAGGUCUGGGGUGGCCUGUCAAUUAAAUGCUGAGAUGACACUGGUGGGGGAUGCAGGACAAAUGGGCAGGUUUGGAACUUCUCUUGCCCCACUGCCUGACCUGAAUAAGGAUGGAUUUAAUGAUUUAGCAGUCGGAGCACCUCUAGAGAACGAUGGUCAAGGAAGUGUCUACAUAUUCCAUGGGACGAGUAGUGGAAUCAGCAAAAUCAAAUCUCAGAAAAUUUCAGCCUCAGAUGUACAGUCUGGAUUAAAGUAUUUUGGACUGUCCAUCAGUCAGACUUCCCUGGACAUGAGUUUGGAUUCUCUCCCAGAUUUGGCCGUGGGAUCAAAGGGGGCUGUUCUCUUACUCAGGUCCAGGCCUAUAGUAACAUUGAUGGCACGAGUUUUCUUCAACCCACCCAAAAUCCCCACCAACCAGGUGGACUGCAGUACACCUCUGAGAAACAGUGCUAAAGUCUGUUUCACCAUGACCAGACAAACAACAGACACAAAAGAUCUUCAAGCAAAGAUUAACUAUACUUUAACUCUGGAUGUGACCCGCCAAGCUCCAAACUAUCGUGCUUAUAUCCUUACAAAGAUACGGGAGGAAACAAACACUUUUACAUUAAGACUUCAAGAGCAAUGCUUCUCUCAUAACUUCUUUAUUGAGGCUUGCCCAGAGGACUCCCUCAAUGAACUGUCCAAUGAACUUGACUUCACAUUUGAAGGGUUGCCAACAUCUCCUGGUGGCCUCAGCUCUAGCCUUUCCCCGCAGUCACCGACUGCAACAUAUCAUCCUUUAGGUUUUGAGAUCAACUGUGGCGCUGAUAACAACUGCAUUGACAACCUGAAAGUGGAUUUUAAUUUCACUAGGAGUUCAGAGGUGAGGGUUGGCAUAGAUGAGGUGAUAAAUGUGACAGUGUCAGUCGAAAGCAGGGAAGAGAACUCUUACAACAGCCACGUUAUUCUCAAAUACCCUGCAGGACUUUCAUUCAGGAAGUUCACCAUACUCCAGGGAAGAGUGGAGUGUAACUCAUCAGACAGUGUGGGAAAUGUAAUGUGGGGACAAAGUGACUGCACCAUUGACAAGCCAAUCUUCAAAAGCGAUUCUAAGGCUCUCUUAGUAAUUUCCUAUGGGAUUGAUAGAAACACUCAAUUUGGCCAAAUGAUGACAUUCACUGCAAAUGCCUCAAGUGGAAAUGCACACUCGCCAAAGAGUGAACUUUCCAAAGUGAAAGAGAUUGGUGUGAAAUACAGCAUUUUUGUUGUGAUUAAAAGAAAUGAGGAUUCAACCAGUUAUGUUAAUUUCACUGCCGGGAAAAAUGAUUUGCAGAAACAUGUGAAACAAUCCUUUGAGGUUGAAAAUUAUGAAAGAGGCUUCAAUCUUACUGUGAUAAUCAAGGUGCCAAUGAAGCUUGGUGACAAAGAUAUCUGGGCUGAUCCAAAUGGUAUACAGAUUCAAGGUUGUCAAAGACACAAGAAUGAGGAACCUACUGCCACAGACUUUGUGGACCAGCUGCAGAAAAAUCAUGCUGUGGACUGCUCUGUCGCAAAUUGUGGGGUGUUCAUGUGCAAAAGCUUCAUUCGAAAUUUGGAUCGUAACUCUUAUAACAUCACUGGUAACCUCAGCUCUCAAUGGAUAGAACAGAUUGGUCUUGAGUCUGCCCAGUUCAACUUGGUCAGCAGUGCCACUGUAGAUUAUGACAGAAACCAAUACAUCUAUUAUUCUUCGGACUCCAAAAAUAACCCACCUAUACAAAAGAUUGAAACUCAGGUGGAGGUGUAUCCUGAGGUUAACUUCACAAAGGGGGUCAUUGGGGGUGUUGUGGGAGGUCUGCUGCUGUUAGCUUUGAUCACAGCUGGGCUUUAUAAGGCUGGGUUUUUCAAAAGCCAGUUGAAGGAGAUGAUGCAGAAUACAACAGAAGAUGGACCAGGGGGUGAUGGAGAAGCUGCCUCGCCUGAAUAACAGCAAACAAUUGGACUUGCUCACUGAAUGUGUACAAAUAUUAAAGAGGAAGUUCAGGAUUUUACAACUUGAUGUUAGAUGGUUCCUCACCGAAAAAGUAGUCUAUGGGUCAGGAAAAUCAGUAAAUCAUGGUUCGGUUUUCUUUAAAUCUACUACAAACUUCAGCUAACUUGAGCCACUGCUAACAAAAAAACCGAUGCUCGUGAUAGAUGCAAUCAUGCAAUUUAGAAAUGUUAUCGGCCAAAUCAACUACAUAGUUGGUUUUUCGUUACUUAAUAAACUUUUACCGCAUAAUGUUACCAUGUGGCAACAUAUCAUUUAUCUUUACCCCCUUACUUCCCUAAAUGAAAAAAUACACCAUGGCCUUUUAACUAGAUAAUAACUAGCUACCACGCACAUAACUAGCUAAGAGCUAGUUAUUAAUUUGCUCCACAAAUGAUUCUCAUAAAACAAUCAUCUUUACAUCUCCCCUUCCCCCCAAAAAUAUAACAUUUGGCCAAGACAACAUACGACUUUAUUUACAUAUGCAUGGUAAAUACAAUUAGUUUUAUAUGCAUAAUAUUAUAAUAUCCAUUUCAUAAAUAUAUAAUAGGGCUAGAUUUAAUAGUUGUUUUAAGAAAACAUAUUUUCAGAUAGUGUAAAUGAAUAAAACAAUAAUUCAAACACCUCAUUUUUAUUAGAAAACCCAAAUAUUCCUGAUAUUAUUAUAAGAGUAUUACCGUUGUCGCACAGUGUUUCGAUAUGGCAACAUACAGUUAAAUAAAACUUUAAAAUAUAUUUUUUCAAACACUGUUCUACAUUUGUUUAUUUGAGGCCAUUUGAAGUGAUAAAAAAUGGAAGUGAUAGGGGGCAUGGUUCUAUAAUAAUGCGUGCAGUAAAGGGUGAUUUGGCCAUUGUAAAUCAUUUGCACAAUUCCCACUAUCACUUCCAUUGAUUGUUAGCUAACAGUGGCUAAAGUUAGCUGAAGUGUGUAGUGUGUGACCACUGCAUUUAAGCUGGUACACCAUUGACAUAUUAAUUUAAUUAACAUUUUAACUUCCCAUUAUUACCAACAAAAUGGCCACUGGUCCACCCCUGUUGAAUGUUAACUUGAAUGGGAAUGUCUAUUCUAUUAUCUAUAUUUCUGUGAUUUCAAUAGGUUUCCUAUGGAAGAUUGACAACAGAAUUUAGAAUAAUGGAUAUUCCCAUUCAAGUCAACAUUCUUUGAUGGGUGGACCUGCAACCAUGUUUGUGGUACCAUUUGAAAGAUACCAUUUCAAUUUUAUUCACAUUUUAGUAUGUAUGGAAAAAUAUGUAUGGAAAGAUUAUUUCAAAUCAAAAGAGGUCAAAAUGCACCAAAGCAUAUGGAUCAACUCAGAAAGUUAUUGUAAAUAAAAAAUUAACCUCCUGGCAACUAUCUGCCUAUAAGAUACUGUAAAAUGCUCAGUAACCCCUUUACAGUGCCGUUCUUCUCUAUUGUCGCAUGCUCUUACAAAGACUGCAGAAUUGGUAGUGGACAAAAGAGGUGCUCAACCUCAAUUAACAUAACCAUAGACCACUUAAACUGGUGCAACACUUCCACUAACCAACGUUUGGCACAAAUACAUAUUGUAGACAACGCCCACAAAUAUGCUAAUAGGGAGCCCCCUGCCAUUUUUUUUAUUUUAAUUUUACCUUUAUUUAACUAGGCAAGUCAGUUAAGAACAAAUUCUUAUUUUCAAUGACGGCCUCGGAACGGGCAGAACGACAGAUUUGUCAGCUCGGGGGUUUGAAAUUACAACCUUCCGGUUACUAGUCCAACGCUCUAACCACUAGGCUACAGUAAUAAAUAUGUACCUGGUGGCAAUGCAGAAACAUCAACACACCUCCAACCAAGAGGUUGCAAGUUCAAAUCCCCACAGCAUAUAUUCAUACUUUACAUUAAGUGUCCCAGAGCCCUGCUAUUUUUAUGUUGGUGUUGUCAGAUAAUCUUACUUUGCCCACCCCCAAUGUCAUACCCAGAGACCUGGUCGCGUAGCAGGUAAUUCAGGUCGCUGGCAACCUGGAGGUUGCAGUAAAAAUACAGUAAAUAUCAUCAUUUACAUGUUAUUUUAGGGCAAUAACACCCUAGUAAAUGGUAUAUUUACUGUAUGUUUACUGCUACUCAGUAGCCAGUGUUUACUGUAAUAUAUAAUAAUUAUAGAUAAUUUAUAACAGUCAGAAACCUUUAACAAAGUGCAGAAAUGUAUUUUUCCCAAUAAAUCUGUGGCCAAUUGCUGCCAUGCCCAAAAAGCAGAACAUUUCUGGUCACUGGCAACCAGAAGGUUGUAAGUUCAAAUCCCAGGAGAGGUUGAAUCCCAAAUGUCAUUUUACAGCAAUAACAUCUUAAUUCAGGUGUAAAAAAACAUAUUCAAAAAUAUUGUAAUUUCAGAUGUUUGAAGCUUGUGUACAAAAAUGAAAGUUAAAGAUGCAAAAACAAUGCUUAAGAAUGGGACGCAUAGAAAUAGCGCACAUAGAACACAUCUAGCACUUCUUAGACUUGCUUUCAAUGAUAAUGACAGAUUUAUAACUCACAUUUCUAUGUGAAUUUGGUCAGGUCACCCAAAAGGUUACAUAUUGCAGCUUUAAAUUAGGAAUCUUGCAGCUUUAAUUUAAUUUUAACAUUUCUUGUGAAACCUUCUGGUAUUUGUAUGGCACAGACAUUGUGCUACAUAGUAAAUGUUUGUUUUAUUGUUCUUCACAUUUAAUUGAAACAGUGACUAGAUAGCUUGCUUUAAAUUCAUCCCCUAUCCUUGUGCUACUGGGAAACCAAUGAUCAUGUUCAUAAUUCCCUCCAAUAACGAAUUAAUCCAAUCUUCCAACUGGCAAGAUAUCCAUCUGUUUGUUGGAAGAUUGGAUUCGUUUUUGGACAUGAUCUUUGGUUUCCAAUUUGCACAAAGAUAGGGGAUGGAUUUGCAAUAGCUUAGAGCUUACAGUACAUGUCAUGAGUUAGUUUAGUCUAUUGAAACAUACCAAGCAUGACAAUAAAUGUAAAUAUUUCUACAAAAUAAACUAACUGCCAAAAAAAGCUAAA